AUGAAGUUGGAGCAGGACAGAGAGAGAGUUGGCCAGGGUUCUGUGUUGGUUGGGAGAGUCCCUCCACUGACGUCCCCCUCUCUGAUCUCAGACGUAAAGAAUGUUAGGCAGGCCAGGCAGGGCUGUGGAGUGCUGCCAGCACUAAAUCAACAUAGUAUGUUCACUGGGCAAUCUGCUGUCGCACGUCAAGGAAAGCAACCAAUCCAGCGUGUCAACAGUAACAGAUCACUUCCAGUGUGAGGCAGGUUGUAACUCACACAUAACACACAUUCUAUGUAAACACACACACAUACACUAUAUAUACAAAAGUAUGUGGAUACCCCUUCAAGUUAGUGGAUUCGGCUAUUUCAGCCACACCCGUUGAUGACAGGUGUAUACAAUCGAGCACACAACCAUGCAAUCUCCAUAGACAAACAUUGGCAGUAGAAUGGCCCUACUGAAGAGCUCAGUGACUUUCAACGUGGCACCGUCAUAGGAUGCCACCUUUCCAACAAGUCAGUUGGUCACAUUUCUGCCCUGCUAGAGCUGCCCCGGUCAACUGUAAGUGCUGUUAUUGUGAAGUGGAAACGUCUAGGAGCAACAACGGCUCAACCGUGAAGUGGUAGGCCACACAAGCUCUCAGAACGGGACCGCCGAGUGCUGAAGCGCGUAGCGUGUAAAAAUCGUCUGUCCUCGGUUGCAACACUCACUACCGAGUUCCAAACUUCCACUUUAAGCAACGUCAGCAAGAGAACUGUUCGUCGGGAGCUUAAUGAAAUGGAUUUCCAUGGCCGAGCAGCUGCACACAAACCUAAGAUUACCAUGCGCAAUACCACGCGUCGGCUGGAGUGGUGUAAAGCUCGCCACCAUUGGACUCUGGAGCAGUGGAAACGCGUUCUCUGGAGUGAUGAAUCACGCUUCACCAUCUGGCAGUACGACGGACUAAUCUGGGUUUGGCGGAUGCCAGGAGAACGCUACCUGCCCCAAUGCAUAGUGCCAACUGUAAAGUUUGGUGGAGGAGGAAUAAUGGUCUGGGACUGUUUUUCAUGGUUCGGGCUAGGCCCCUUAGUUCCAGUGAAGGGAAAUCUUAACGCUACAGCAUACAAUGACAUUCUAGAUGAUUCUGUGCUUCCAACUUUGUGGCAACAGUUUGGGGAAGGCCCUUUCCUGUUUCAGCAUGACAAUGCCCCCGUGCACAAAGCUAGGUCCAUACAGAAAUGGUUUGUCAAGAUCGGUGUGGAAGAACUUGACUGGCCUGCACAGAGCCUUGACCUCAACCCCAUCGAACACCUUGGGAUGAAUUGGAACACCGACUGCGAGCUAGGCCCAACAUCAGUGCCCGACCUCACUAAUGCUCUUGUGGCUGAAUGGAAGCAGCAAUGUUCCAACAUCUAGUGGAAAGCCUUCCCAGAAGAGUGGAGGCUGUGAUAGCAGCAAAGGGGGGACCAAUUAAUGCCCAUGGUUUUGGAAUGAGAUGUUCGACGAGCAGGUGUCCAUAUACUUUUGGAUAUGUAGUGUAUGUGAACGCAUGCAUGCAUGUACAGUGAGGAAAAAAAGUAUUUAGUCAGCCACCAAUUGUGCAAGUUCUCCCACUUAAAAAGAUGAGAGAGGCCUGUAAUUUUCAUCAUAGGUACACGUCAACUAUGACAGACAAAUUGAGAAAAGAAAAUCCAGAAAAUCACAUUGUAGGAUUUUUUAUGAAUUUAUUUGCAAAUUAUGGUGGAAAAUAAGUAUUUGGUCACCUACAAACAAGCAAGAUUUCUGGCUCUCACAGACCUGUAACUUCUUCUUUAAGAGGCUCCUCUGUCCUCCACUCGUUACCUGUAUUAAUGGCACCUGUUUGAACUUGUUAUCAGUAUAAAAGACACCUGUCCACAACCUCAAACAGUCACACUCCAAACUCCACUAUGGCCAAGACCAAAGAGCUGUCAAAGGACACCAGAAACAAAAUUGUAGACCUGCACCAGGCUGGGAAGACUGAAUCUGCAAUAGGUAAGCAGCUUGGUUUGAAGAAAUCAACUGUGGGAGCAAUUAUUAGGAAAUGGAAGACAUACAAGACCACUGAUAAUCUCCCUCGAUCUGGGGCUCCACGCAAGAUCUCACCCCCGUGGAGUCAAAAUGAUCACAAGAACGGUGAGCAAAAAUCCCAGAACCACACGGGGGGACCUAGUGAAUAACCUGCAGAGAGCUGGGACCAAAGUAACAAAGCCUACCAUCAGUAACACACUACGCCGCCAGGGACUCAAAUCAUGCAGUGCCAGACGUGUCCCCCUGCUUAAGCCAGUACAUGUCCAGGCCCGUCUGAAGUUUGCUAGAGUGCAUUUGGAUGAUCCAGAAGAGGAUUGGGAGAAUCUCAUAUGGUCAGAUGAAACCAAAAUAGAACUUUUGGUAAAAACUCAACUCGUCAUGUUUGGAGGACAAAGAAUGCUGAGUUGCAUCCAAAGAACACCAUACCUACUGUGAAGCAUGGGGGUGGAAACAUCAUGCUUUGGGGCUGUUUUUUCUGCAAAGGGACCAGGACGACUGAUCCGUGUAAAGGAAAGAAUGAAUGGGGGCCAUGUAUCGUGAGAUUUUGAGUGAAAACCUCCUUCCAUCAGCAAGGGCAUUGAAGAUGAAACGUGGCUGGGUCUUUCAGCAUGACAAUGAUCCCAAACACAACCGUCCGGGCAACGAAGGAGUGGCUUCGUAAGAAGCAUUUCAAGGUCCUGGAGUGGCCUAGCCAGUCUCCAGAUCUCAACCCCAUAGAAAAUCUUUGGAGGGAGUUGAAAGUCCGUGUUGCCCAGCGACAGCCCCAAAACAUCACUGCUCUAGAGGAGAUCUGCAUGGAGGAAUGGGCCAAAAUACCAGCAACAGUGUGUGAAAACCUUGUGAAGACUUACAGAAAACGUUUGACCUGUGUCAUUGCCAACAAAGGGUAUAUAACAAAGUAUUGAGAAACUUUUGUUAUUGACCAAAUACUUAUUUUUCCACCAUAAUUUGCAAAUAAAUUCAUUAAAAAUCCUACAAUGUGAUUUUCUGGAUUUUUUUUCCUCAUUUUGUCUGUCAUAGUUGACGUGUACCUAUGAUGAAAAUUACAGGCCUCUCUCAUUUUUUUAAGUGGGAGAACUUACACAAUUGGUGGCUGACUAAAUACUUUUUUCCUCACUGUAUGCAUGCUCAUGUGCGCACACACACUCUCUCUCUCUCUCUCAUCCUCUCUCUCUCUUUAGCUCUGUCUUUCACACAUUAACCCCCCCCCCCCCCCCCCCCCCCCCCCCCCCCCCCCCCCCCCCCCGGUAAGUUAUCUUUUCCCUGUAGCUGCGUAAGGCAAACUGGUAGUUUCUCCUUUGUUACUGACCCAAUCAACCUUCCAGACUAUUUAAUUACUGCUGAGAGAGAGCGAGAGAGGGAGAGAGAGAGGUCCUACAACUGCAUUAUUAACAGGAUGCUGCUAUACGACUAUGUAUAGCGUGUGUAUGUGUCUGUAAGAGGUUUCCUCUAAUGCUAAGACACAGAUAGAACAAUGAGAGGCUGAGCUUUGCCUCCUUAGAUGAUGAUGAAAUCUCUUUGCAACAUAAAAGUACCGUUAACAUUUUUCAAACUAGUAAAACCCCUGAAUCAGAUAAGUGUACGCAGGAAAAUAUACUUAUUUAAGGUGAUUAUGAUGAUGUUAUGAUUUUUACCAUUAGGUGAUUCAUUGGUUCACAUUUACAGUGACAUGUAAAAAGUCAUUUAGCUAAUGUCAAAGCUGAAUUCCAGUAGAACAGUGCUGACUUGGUCGGUCUCUUUUGUGGAGGAAAAGUGCAAAGGGGGGAUAUCACAGCAUUUACACCUUCAGUGCAGAUGUUGCACUUUUCACACAGUGCUUUACAGUGAAAUGCUGCAUCAGUCCUCUGUGUGUCAAUUAUGGUGCUCUGUAGGCCUGCUUGCCCUCUCUCUCUCUCUCUCUCUCUCUCUCUCUCUCUCUCUCUCUUUUUCCCUCUCUCUCCCUCUCUCUCUCUUUCUUUCUCUCUCUUUCUCUCUGUCUCUGAUGUGCUGGCCUUUGGCCAGGUUACAGUCUGUCUAGCAUGUUAGGUCCCACCCACUUCUGCAAUUCAGUAAUGUGAGCUGGCUGCAUUUUUGUCGCCUUCCCCCUCUAGGCAAGUGUCAGUGCUGCUGCCUGUGUGUGUGAGAUAGAGAGUGUGUGUGUGUGUGUAUACGCUUCAGGGGGCAGUGCAAUGGAUCACUAGCAAAUAAAACAGGAGGCAUCAAUAACAGCACCACACAACAUAGGUGAGGAGGAGUUGUAUCUCUCUCUCUAUCUCCCUCCCUGUUUAUAUCCCUCUCUGACUCCCUUCCCUCCCUCUCUCCUUUCCUCCCUCCCUGCAUCCUGUAUCUGUGGAGUGAGUUGGAGCUGAUAGCAGGUACAGCUGGAGGCAGGAACCCAUUAUUACUGAGCGAUCUCUCUGAUUGGCUGAGCCGACGAGACCGGGAGACUGCUUCUGAAUAAUAGAAGAGCGUUGGAGAGAGAGCGAGAGAGAGAGAGAGAGAGAGAGAGAGCAGCUAUCGAGCAGAGCGAUCGAUAUAUAUAUAUCGAGAGAGAGAAAGGAGAGAGAGAUAUAGAGAGCUACGAGUAUCGAGCGACGCGAUAGUGUAUAUGCUGAGAGAUAGCUAGAGAGAUCUCUCUCCUAUCUCUCUCCUCCUGCAUCUCUCUGCUCUCUCUCUCUAUUCCUCCUCGUCUCUCUCCUGCUCUCGUCUACUCUUGUCCUUUCCCCGGUCUGCCCUGCUCUCUUUCCGCCCUCCUUUCUCUGGUCCCCUGGAGCGCAGACAACUAAAGCUGGUCAGGGGGGACACACCGUGGGGUUGUCCCCUUGUGCCGGCUCUUUUGUUUGUCUUCCAUCCCUCUAUCUGGUAGUGGGCUGAGUCUGAGUCUACACAGCCACUCAUCCCUCUGCUCUCCGCCCCUUUUUCUCUCGUUACCCACCCCCUUUUCUUCUCGCCCCGAGCGGUUCGGGAGGGAAACACGCGAUCCAGAAAAGCCAGCGCUUGGAGGAGGAACACAAGGCCCUUCUCACUUGUUCCUUGGGAAAAUUAUUCACUCUUUUUCCGGAUUGCAUUGUCUGUGCCCGUAACUUUUUUUUUUCGUGCGCUUCUUGUGUGAAUGUGUGGCCAUGUCCUUGCAUUCUAAAUAUUAGGCAUUUUAUGUAUGCGAAAAAAGUAUGUUUUAUAGUAUGUGACAUUUUACAAAUUGAGGAUGCUUUAAAUGCCAGGAUGUCAUACUUAUUUAGACUUUUAAUCUAGUAGAAUUCUCUGCACACUAUUGAGGAAAAUAAUCGUCUUUCGAGACCCACGUGUGUCUGACAACAGCUUGUAAUCAGCUGAGGGGACGCGCUGGACCAAAAUGAAGGAAUGGAGCGUGAGCGUACUGUAUCUGUGAGUUGAGCUGUCUGCUUGAAGAGACCUCUGAAGGUAUUUGUAUGUAAGCAUGGUUCUGUGACAGCUGUGUUGGCAUGAGUCAGGCAACCCCAGUCUGCUAUAAGUAGGGUCCCCUGCUGUUGCUCCAGAGAAAAUGAGUGUUUUGGGUCUGAGUGUAUAGAUAGAAUUAGACUGACUAGAUUGGACACUCCUGAUGGCUUCAUUGAUUGGAAACUUUGAAUUAUACUUUUUUUCUCCAUGUUUUAAAACUGAUCCAUGUGUGUUUCCACUAUUCUAAAUGCAACAGUGUAAAAACCUAAAGCACUGCUAAAUGUGUGAUUAAUUAUAUAAGAUGAUGAGAAAUGUAGUACAUUUCCUGUCCUAGUGGACGUAUAUCUAUGUCUGAGAGCAUGACUAGAGCCUAGCAGCACUGCCCAGGACAGACAGAGACAUAUCAGCUGACCAGGGCUUGACCUACUUGGGCCGCAGUUUGACACACGCACACUCACACUCACAAACACACACACACACACAUACACUUGGGCCACAGUUUGCCUCACUGACCUGAGCUUUGCUUCAGAGACUGUCUGCUCGUCCAGUAAGAUUGUGUAGUACUGAGAGGACAGUGGCUGCUCAACUACUAAGAUUGUGUACUGGGAGGACAGUAAGAUUGUGUACUGGGUGGACAGUAAGGUUGUGUACUGGGUGGACAGCAAGGUUGUGUACUGGGUGGACAGUAAGAUUGUGUACUGGGUGGACAGUAAGGUUGUGUACUGGGUGGACAGCAAGGUUGUGUACUGGGUGGACAGUAAGAUUGUGUACUGGGUGGACAGUAAGGUUGUGUACUGGGUGGACAGUAAGAUUGUGUACUGGGUGGACAGUAAGGUUGUGUACUGGGUGGACAGUAAGGUUGUGUACUGGGUGGACAGCAAGGUUGUGUACUGGGUGGACAGUAAGGUUGUGUACUGGGUGGACAGUAAGUUUGUGUACUGGGUGGACAGCAAGGUUGUGUACUGGGUGGACAGUAAGGUUGUGUACUGGGUGGACAGUAAGUUUGUGUACUGGGUGGACAGCAAGGUUGUGUACUGGGUGGACAGCAAGGUUGUGUACUGGGUGGACAGUAAGAUUGUGUACUGGGUGGACAGUAAGGUUGUGUACUGGGUGGACAGUACGGUUGUGUACUGGGUGGACAGUAAGGUUGUGUACUGGGUGGACAGUAAGAUUGUGUACUGGGUGGACAGUAAGGCUGUGUACUGGGUGGACAGUACUGGGUGGACAGUACGGUUGUGUACUGGGUGGACAGUAAGGUUGUGUACUGGGUGGACAGCAAGGUUGUGUACUGGGUGGACAGCAAGGUUGUGUACUGGGAGGACAGCAAGGUUGUGUACUGGGUGGACAGUAAGGUUGUGUACUGGGUGGACAGUAAGGUUGUGUACUGGGAGGACAGCAAGGUUGUGUACUGGGUGGACAGUAAGAUUGUGUACUGGGUGGACAGCAAGGUUGUGUACUGGGGGGACAGUAAGGUUGUGUACUGGGAGGACAGUGGGUGAUUCACUAAGACAGACAGGGUGCAGUUCCCAGUGAACACUGUUGAUCUGUUGAGCUGCACUGUGUCUGUUUCCUGUACAUCUAAUGUGCUCUAACCUCAGAGCUAGUGUGUGUGUGUGUCUGUGUCUGUGUGUGGCCACCCCAUUUCCUCUUCUCUUAAAGGCCCAAUGCAGACGUUUUUAUGUCAAUAUCAAAUCAUUUCUGGGUAACAGUUAAGUACCUUACUGUGAUUGUUUUCAAUCAAAAUGGUCAAAAAGAAACAAAAAUGGCUUCUUAGCAAGAGCAGUUACUCAAGCAAGAAUUUUGCUAGGACGGUCUGGGAUUGGUCUGAGUUCGGAAUUAGCAGGUUUGGAACUCUCUUUCUUAUUGGUCUAUUAAUUUAUUUAUCACCUGGUACCCACCAAAACAGGCAAAGAUUUCAGGCGGUCUUUUCGAACAGCUCUUAUACUAAAAGGGCAUUAUCAUAAUUUGUACAAUUUAACAGUAUUAUUCCAACCUCAUAGUGUGGAAAUACACUCAGUGGCUAGUUUAUUAGAUACACCACGAAAAAACGGAUCGCUCCUACAGACAGUGAGUCAUGUGGCUGUGGCUUGCGAUAUAAAGCAGGCAGACAGGCAUCAAGGCAUUCAGUUACUGUUCGAUUGGACGUUAGAAUGGGCAAAACGAGUGACCUAAGCGACUUUGAGCGUGGUAUGAUUGUCGGUGCCAGGCGCGCUGGAUCAGGUAUCUCAGAAACGGCCGCCACCCUGGGGUUUUCAUGCACUAGAGUGUCUAGGGUUUACCGAGAAUGGUGCGACAAACAAAAAACAUCCAGUCAGCGGCAGUCCUAUGGGCAAAAACAGCUUGUUGAUGAGGUCGAAGGAGAAUGGAAAGAAUCGUGCAAGCUAAUAGGAGGGCCACAAACAGACAAAUAACGGCGCAGUACAACAGUGGUGUGCAGAAAAGCAUCUCGGAACGCACAACUCGUCAAUCCUUUUCACGGAUGAGCUAUUGCAGCAGACGACCACACCGGGUUCCACUCCUAUCAGCUAAAAACAAGAAGAAGCCGCUCCAGUGGAAACGCGAUCACCAACACUGGACAAUUGAGGAGUGGAAAAACAUUGCCUGGUCCGACAAAUCCCAUUUGCUGUUGCGUCAUGCUGAUGGCAGAGUCCGGAUUUGGACCCAUCCUGCCUGGCACAGGCAGGGGGCGGUGGUGUACUGGUGUGGGGAAUGUUUUUCUGGCACACGUUAGGUCCAUUGAUACCAAUUGAGCAACGAACGGUACUAAAUGGGUGUACCUAAUAAACACAGGAAAAUCACAUUUUUGACUGCACUAGGCCUUUAAUACUAGCCUCAGGAUAUUGUAAAUCCUAUCCAUCUAAUGUGUUCUAACCACUGAAAAAUAUAUAAAAAAAAAAUAUUUUGUAAAAAAAGAAUCCUUACAGCAUAAGUGUGUGUGAGUGCGUGCGUGCGAGCAAGUGUGUGAUUGAGAAAGUGUGUGUGAGCAUGUGUGCAGAGAGAGAGAGAGAGAGAGAGAGAGAAAUAAAAUUGUAUUGAUCACAUACACGUGUUUAGCAGAUGUUAUUGUGGGUGUAGCGAAAUGCUGUGGAAAAAAAAAAAGUGCAGAUGGGAAGGUUCCUGACCCCAGGGUUAGAGAUUGGACAAUCCUAGUGCAUCAUGGGUAAUUCCUGGCUGAGGUUCAUAAUCUUAACUGUCUGAAUGCAGGUCAGAUACUGUACACAGGUCAUAACCCCAUGCCUUCACUCUACUCUAGGCUACAUUGUAAUCUGGAAACUAGUAUGAUUUAUCCUAUCUCUGUGCCCUCUCAAGAGCAAAAAAUGUAUUGUAUUGAAGUCGACCACAAUAAAUCAUGUGUGCGGGAGUUCUUUUAAUUGUUCUACAUAGUGCAUCAUCCACCAUGCCUCUCCACCUCUCUGCAUCUCUUUGUGGGGUCAAGUAUUCAUAGCAAAUCCAUAUUUUGAUUUGGAGAUAUAUAGUCUACUGACCCUGUAGGGCGGAAUGGAAGGGUCUUUUUGCGAGGGAUUGGCAUGAGGUUUUUUGCUUAAGCGGGCCUAACUUUGUUUUUGUUUUGUGUGUUUUCUUUGAGCCUCGAUUAUUUGUGGGUUUGGUGCUGUGGCCACAUACACAGGGAGACAAGACACAUAAAUUGCAGACUGCACCUUUAACUUGACUGUUGCUGCUGCAUUUUGUGUUUUGUUCGUGAUUAACCCCUCCCUCCCCAGUAAAAUGUGUAAUUUGAACCCUACAGAAACCAACACCUGCAGGAGAUGUCAGAGUGACUCAGGUAGCUAACCUCCCUCCCUCCAUCCCUCGCUCCCUCCAUCCUUCUCUGGCGCUGACCACCCUUGUCGUUACACUCAUCCCUCCAUCUCCAUCUCUCCACCUCCCCAUCUCCACCUCUCCAUCUGUCUGCUCCGUAUGCCCACAGAGGCCAAAUCAAACUGGCACUGUGAGAAAACCUGAACAGUUGUGUUUCAGUAAACAAAUAAAAAACUGACCGUUUAAAAAAUAAUGUGAUUAUUUACCCUGAGCUGGUUUCUCCUGCAGUGCGGUUUUGAUUGAAUCUGCCCCAGAGUCAUAGAGAGAGAUUAUAAACCCAUUGGAUGUGCUUCUGGUUGGGCAGAGGCUAGCAGAGUGGAGUGGAGUGGAGGGGGGUCAUUGGCUGGGAAGGAUAUCAUUGGCUGCUUAAAUGGGUUCCAUUACGGUUUUGCAGAAGCAUGACUUUGUCUGCAUCCCAAAUGGCACCCUAUUCCCUAUAUUUAGGGCACGAUCUAGGGAAUAGGGUGCCAUUUGGGAUGCACCCUUUUGAUUUCAGGAGGAUUUGAUAUCCUCUCGCCAUAUUUUGCAUACAUUAUUCUGCCCACAUAACACAGCAUACUGUCUGGAGCUUAUAUAGAUAGAACUUAUGAUUUUAUAGAAAUACCUUUCUUUUUUUUGUCUCGUAUCACACAUUGUAGGUGUAUAGGCGUCCAAUGUGUUCUGAGAAUUUGUACUGUCUCAUAUAUAUGUGUAUAAUGUGUACUACCUCGAUCUGUAGUGUAUGUGAGCUGAUCUGCAUGUGUGUCUGUAUCAGAGUAAUGUGGGCUGCACAGUCAAAUACAGUAAUGUGGGCUAGUCUGUGACGUCACUGCUUACCGCAUUCAUCCAUACUGUACGUUCGGUGGAAAUGUGUGCUCUGGUCUUUUAAACUUGUUGUUUAUUAUGUAGAAGUGCUGAGAUAUCGCAGUGUCAACAACAGAGAAAGAGACACUAUGUGGCCAAAAGUAUAUGGACACCUGCACGUCGAACAUCUCAUUCCAAAAUCAUGGGCAUUAAUAUGGAGUUGGUCCCCCUUUUCUGCUAUAACAGCCUCCAGUCUUAUGGGAAGGCUUUCCACUAAAUGUUGGAACAUUGCUGCGGGGACUUGCUUCCAUUCAGCCACGAGCAUUAGUGAGAUCAGGCACGGAUGUUGGGCGAUUAGGCCUGGCUCUAGGUCGGCGUUCCAAUUCAUCCCAAAGGUGUUCGAUGGGGUUGAGGUCAGGGCUCUGUGCAGGCCAGUCAAGUUCUUCCACACCGAUCUUGACAAACCAUUUCUGUAUGGACCUCGCUUUGUGUACAGGGGCAUUGCCAUGCUGAAACAGGAAAGGGCCUUCCCCAAACUGUUGCCACAAAGUUGGAAGCACAGAAUCAUCUAGAAUGUCAUUGUAUGCUGUAGCGUUAAGAUUUCCCUUUACUGGAACUAAGGGUCCUAGCCCGAACCAUGAAAAACAGUCCCAGACCAUUAUUACUCCUCCACCAAACUUUACAGUUGGCUCUAUGCAUUGGUGCAGGUAGCGUUCUCCUAGCAUCCGCCAAACCCAGAUUUGUCCGUCGCACUGCCAGAUGGUGAAGUGUGAUUCAUCACUCCAGUGAACUUGUUUCCACUGCUCCAGAGUCCAAUGGAGGCGAGCUUUACACCACUCCAGCCGACGCUCCCGAUGAACAGUUAUUGUGCUUACGUUGCUUCCAGAGACAGUUUGGAACUCAGUAGUGAGUAUUGCAUCUGAGGACAGGCGAUUUUUACGCGUUACGCGCUUCAGCAGUCGGCAUUCCUGUUCUGUGAGCUUGUGUGGCCUACCACUUCGCGGCUGAGCCGUUGUUGCUCCUAGACGUUUCCACUUCACAAUAACAGCACUUACAGUUGACCGGGGCAGCUCUAGCAGGGCAGAAAUGUGACCAACUGACUUGUUGGAAAGGUGGCAUCCUAUGACAGUGCCACGUUGAAAGUCACUGAGCUCUUCAGUACGGGCCAUUCUACUGCCAAUGUUUGUCUAUGCAGAUUGCAUGGCUGUGUGCACCAACGGGUGUGGCUGAAAUAGUCCACAUACUGUAUAAUGAUGACUGUGCCUUUCAGUGUGGAAGAGGAGAAUCCCUGGAGAUAGUCUCACCUCCACUAGCUAAAAAAACGGAGUCAUCCAGCCUGUGUGAACAGCAGGAAGUGUAACCUGGGGAAACAGGCUGUUGCGCCCCAAUUAACUAAUAUGAGAGAGAGAGAGAGAGAGAGAGAGAGACUGCUGCUACUACUACUAUUAUUGCUACUACUACUGCUGCUACUACUGUUAUUACUACUACUACUACUACUACUGCUACUGCUAUUAUUACUACUACUGCUACUACUACUACUACUGCUGCUGCUACUACUGCUAUUACUACUACCACCACUAGUCAUUUUGAACUCAAAUGUUCCGAUGACCCAUAGCCAUAUGUCUGCAGGCAUUAACUCAGUAAAAAGGCAGAUCUUCUUAGAAGGGGAGCCAUGCACAAGAGGGUUUACAGGGAGGGCUUAGAAGUCUCUACUAAAUCUGCUUACUGCUCACUGACUGACUGGCUGGGAGAGAGCAGCUACUAGGGCAGACUGGGACUGGGAAGGGUAAAGUUGCUCCUAGAAAUCUUUGAUUUGUUUUGCAUUUUCCCCACUAAUGGUAAAGGUUGGGAUUGGGGGAGGGGAUGCUGAUCAUAGAUCUAUACCUAGGGGAAAAGUCACCCCAGAACAGACUGGGGCAAGUGGUGAGUGGUUUCUGGGAUGGACAGGGGAUAGCCUGGUGGAACCAGCCUGAUUGCUGCGUUCACCAUUCUGUUUUCUGUUGGUAUAGUCACUUUCUAAACCAACCACAAUGGAAAUAAGACACUGACAUGUUUAUGUAUCUAAUACAAUCACCUAAUCAAUCCAACUUCGUUAUUGGAGAGAGGUGUAGUGGUACAAUUUCUCUCUCAGGCUUUCAACUUCUUCCUUUCAACCCCCCUCACGCUCUCUCUUUCUCUCUCUCCAUCACUCCCUCUUUCUCUCUCCUUUUCUCCAUCUCUCUCCCCUCUCUUUCUCUCACUCUCUCUCCAUCUCUCCCUCUCUCUUUCUCCCUCUCUCUAUGGCCUAUAAUGUGUAUGAGCUGAGCCCAGUGUUGUUCGUGCGGGGGUCUGUCCCAAUUUCAAAUGGCACCCUAUUCCCUAUAUAGUGCACUUCGUUUGACCUCCCAUGGUGCUCUGGUCAUAAUGGGGAAAGGGUCCAUUUGGGACACUGCCUGGGUGUAAAUAGCGGGUUGCCAGGUCUUGCAACAGGCUGGGCGUGCGGAGGGAGGACGGAGGUGGUGAUUUAGUGGGGAGAUAAGCUCUCUGUAAUGGCAGGGUGGAAUAAUUCCCCGUCAAAUAGGAGGGAUGCGUCUCUCCUCCCUCUAGCUGUGAGAUUCUGUCUGCAUAGAGACUGGCUUGGUGUGUCUCACUCUUCUCUUCUCUUCUCUUCUCUUCUCUUCUCGGGGGCGGAGGGAGCUUCUCUCUCUUUCUCUUUCUCCUCUUUUCCUUUAUCUAUUCCUUCUCUGGAUCGUUACGUAUAGUUCUCGUAGGUCUUCCUGUCGAUCUAUUCUCUAUUCCUCUCUCUAUCGAGUUCUCAGAUUCCUCAUUUCUCUCGUCUCUUCUCUUUCUCUUCUCUUCUCUUCUUUCCUCUCUUCUCCUUCUCUCUCCUCUCCUCUAUUCAUUGCUCAAUUAAGGCUUUGCUGUUCGAUCUCAAACUCCUUUUGAGCUUAUUUUCUGUGUUAAGGUGUUAGACCUCGAUAACUCUUCUAAUGUACAUCAAACCCAUGUCAUAAGGAUGUUUGCCUGCCUGACCUCCCGAGUGACGCAGUGGUCUAAGGCACUGCAUCGCAGUGCUAGCUGUGCCACUAGAGAUCCUGGUUCGAAUCCAGGCUCUGUCGUAGCCAGCCGCGACCGAGAGACCCAUGGGGUGGCGCACAAUUGGCCCAGCGUCGUCCAGGGUAGUGUAGGGGAGGGAAUGGCCAGCAGGGAUGUAGCUCAGUUGGUAGAGCAUGGCGUUUGCAACGCAAGGGUUGUGGGUUCGAUUCCCACGGGGGGCCAGUAUGAAAAAAUAAUGUAUGCACUCACUAACUGUAAGUCGCUCUGGAUAAGAGCGUCUGCUAAAUGACAAAAAUGUAAAUGGUGCAGCAGACAGUUACCUUUCAUAAGGAUGUUUGACUGCCUGGUGCAGCAGACAGUUUCAUGUCUCAUAAUGAUGUUUGACUGCCUGGUGCAGCAGAAAGUUGCCUGUCUCAUAAUGAUGUUUGACUGCCUGGUGCAGCAGAAAGUUGCCUGUCUCAUAAUGAUGUUUGACUGCCUGGUGCAGCAGAAAGCUGCCUGUCUCAUAAUGAUGUUUGACUGCCUGGUGCAGCAGAAAGCUGCCUGUCUCAUAAUGAUGUUUGACUGCCUGGUGCAGCAGAAAGCUGCCUGCAGCGAAGAUGAUUGAAGAUGCUGAGCAGUCUGAUUAGUCAUUGGGGUCCAGUGGAGGGGAGGAGAGGAGGAGGAGGGGUGAGAGGAGGAGGCGAGGAAAGGUGGGGAGAGGACGGGCAUACUCUCUCUCUCGAUAUCUCUCUCUCUGUCUCUCGCUCUCCCUUUCCCCAUCUCUCUUCUCUCUCUCUCUCUCUCUGCGUUUCACCCGUCCUCUUCAGAAAGCCAGGGAAGUCUCUUCUAGAGGGAUCAGAGCUGAUGUACUGCACUGUGUGAUUCAUUCAGUCAACGAGAUCUAUACUGGCAGACAGGCAGCAACAGACAUGCUGGCAUUACUGUGUUAGGGUUCCUCCAUGUGGCAGGAGGCAGAACUGCAGUCCAACUUGAAGAGGGAGAAGCAACACUCAAAUGUAUUGGGCAGAACAAAACAAUAACAUAGUUGAUUAAUCAAUUGAGAUAUUUUUUAUCAAGUUUUUGAUGGGCAUUUGAUAGGGUUUGUUUGUUUGUUUUUCUCUUACAGAGAGUCCGAAGUAGUCAGGAAAACAACAUCAUAGGUUUGGUAAUAGAGACUGACUUACUUCAAACUGACAUACUGGAGACAUACCAGAGACUGUCAUAGCAGACCGACAGACUGGAGUGUAGACUGACCUGUGUGUGUGUCCUACAGCGUUAUUAGACUGACAUGAGUGUGUGUGUGUUUCUUUCCUUGUAGCCUUGCUGUCAUCGUGGUGCGAGGAGCUGGGUCGCCUCCUGCUGUUGCGUCACCAGAAGAGCAGACAGAACGAGCCCCCGCAGAGCAAAGUCCCCAUGCAGCCCAGCAUAAACACUAUGAAACCCCCCGGAGGACUCUCACACGGGUCAGUGUGUCUGUCUGUCUUUCUGUCAGAAUGACUGACGUUCCCUAAGCUUUGCCUACUUUACAGUCCCAUGUUUUCUGUUUUACACAUAGGGACACAUUGUCACAUUCAGAACUACAGGUGUGAACACAUUUCAUGUAAACGCACACUCCCUCAUUGGUUCUCUGGUUUAAACUGGAUCGUUCAUGUUAACUUAAACAAUGUUGACCUAAAACAAUUUCGAUACGCAUCUAGAUGCAUGGGCUCUGAUAUAAUUUAGGAACGAUAGGUUUUAGUUUGAAACGAUUCGGUGCGAUUCAGUUUGAUAAGGGGAAUGAAUCGAUGCGAUUCAGUUCGAUUCGAUGCACUAACAUUUGUUGCAUGAACACAUUCGUCUUCCAUUUUAAAUUCAUACCAACUGCUGAUGGGAGCUCAGGAGCUGGGCCUCUCUGAGCUGGACCUGUCUGAGCUGGGCCUCUCUGAGCUGGACCUGUCUGAGCUGGGCCUCUCUGAGCUGGACCUGUCUGAGAUGACGUCUCUAAGCUGAGUGGCCCUCUGUGUGUGUGUGCGUGUCAAUGCCAAUUGGGUGUGGAGGCUGGUGGUAGGAGCUAUAGGAGGACGGACUCAUUGUAAUAGCUGGAAUGGAAUGAAUGGAACUGUAUCAAACAGAUCAAACAUAUGGAAACCAUGUUUGACUCCGUUCCAUUAAUUCCAUUCCAGCUAUUACAAUGAGCCCAUCCUCCUAUAGCUCCUCCCACCAGCAUCCACUGGUGUAGACACUUGAGCUGAGCCAUUGGGCAUCUACCACCCCACUAUCAGAAUAGGGGUGGGGGAAAUAUAUGCUUUUCAUCUGAAAUCACCCAGUGAUUAACUUGUGAAAUUAAAUCUGAAUGAUUGAAAACCCCAAUCAGCAGUUGGAUGUGAGUUGCGUCCACUCUGGCAGGCUACACAACUCUGGUAAAACACAAUUUUCGACAGUGCAUUUGGUAACAAUGACCCAGCAAACUAAUAAAGCCUAUGAUUUGACAUUGCGGAAGCCAUUUUACAAGCAUCUGAAUCCUGAAGGUGCCAGAUGUACGGAUAGCCUAUUAGAACAGGGAUAAGCAUACCUCUCGUUGGCGCGAGCAGCUGUGUCUCCCGCACUGUGCACACAGUUGUUAUCUGACAGUCAUACGCAGUUACAUGCAUAAAAGUUUGAUAGGCUACUGAACUGAAGGAGAGGACGCAACAAUUCAGUCACAACAGAUAAGAAGUAUUUUCGGGCUCCCGAGUGGCGCAGCGGUCUACGGCACUGCAUCUCAGUGCAUCUCAGUGCUUGAGGCGUCACUACAGACCCCCUGGUUUGAUUCCAGGCUGUAUCACAACCGGCCGUGAUUGGGAGUCCCAUAGGGUGGCGCACAAUUGGCCCAGCGUCGUCCGGGUUUGGCCGGGGUAGGCAGUCAUUGUAAAUAAGAAUUUGUUUUUAACUGACUUGCCUAGUUAAAUAAAGGUUUAAUUAAAAAUAAAUAAUAAAAAUGUCAGAAUAAAACAAUGUGAGUAACAAACAUUAGUGAACUGCUGAUUUAGUAACGUUUGAAUCAGUUUUCUGACUGAAGCAUACUUCAUUUGGAUCGGUUUGGGCUCCCACAGACCGAUGCACUCUUAUCUUAAACAUUUGAAUCGGGGACCGAUGCUUAUCGGUGAAUCGUUACAUCCCAGCUUAUGUUGCAUUUAACCUGCUCUCUAAACUAGACUAUCCUCUUCUCUCCUCAAAUAAAUAAAUACAUGUUUUUCUGUUCAUGAAAGUGAGCCAAGACAAGCUUAGCAGAGUUAUCUUGGAGGAGAGGGACACACACACACACACACACACACACACACACACACACACACACACACACACACACACACAGAAAGAGGGAGUGGGCUGUUAAGUAGAAACAUUCUGUGCUCGCCCCGAUGGCUCCGAUUCCAAACCUCUGUCUGAUUGGCUGCCAGAAUUCUGCUCUGUGCCUAGCAUCUUGGGAAGUCUUCUACCACCUUGAAGAGACGUUGUAAAUCGAGUUCCCUUCCAACACCAGAGCUGUGUGUGUGUGUGGUGCGUUUGUGUGUGUGCGUUCGUGAGUGUGUGAAAACACAUUCCUCUCCAAAAACGUUACUUCCCAGUCUGUUUCUCCCUGUGGAGUUUAGUUUGUGUAUUCAUAAUGUUCCAGUUACUCAUAUUAUAGCCUUGGAUUUGUUUGGAGUUUUAAUGCCAAAUAUUCCAAAUAACAUAUACAUGGCCAAAUGUUUCCAAGAAUUAUGAGCACAUUUCACAUUUCUGGGCGGAUAGUGCAAUCCUCUGUGUUACAUACUUGGCCAAAUGAAAGCCAUGGCUGUCACGUUGGUGUAUCUGCCCUGUGGUGAUGACAGGGUCUGUCUGUGUGUGUGUGUGUGUGUGUGUGUGUUCUGCAGUGAUGGGUUAAUGUGUGUGUUCGUAUUUGUACUGUAGUGAUGGGUCAUUUACCUACGACUCGGUUCCAUGGCAACAGAACAACAACCAGCCCCCAGGGUCAUUGUCUGUGGUUACCACAGUGUGGGGUGUGACCAACACGUCACAGAGUCAGGUGAGACACAAAACACACACACACACACUCUUCAGUACACAUGACUUGAUGUUUAGACACACAAUACACCAUUGUAUUGAGUCUAGUAAUUGAGGUUCCUGAUGAGGACAGACCCUGAAUCCCCCUAGGCACAUUUAUUUGGAUUUCUGAUGUCGGUCAAAAUAUGGUUUGCUGUGUGUGUCACCCAAAGCUAGGCCUAUAUCAAAGAUCACAAGUCCCAGACAGUGAGUCGACAUCAUAGUUACAUAUUCUAUGGUUGCCAUAACCCUGUUUGCUGUGUCUAACCAAAAAGCUAUAUCAAGGAUCAGUUGUUAGAGCAAAAAAAUAUGUGAGGGGAUUUGACCUUUGACCCUUCUUCCCCAGGUAUUGGCCAACAGCUCCAGCCAUGUGAACCCAGGAGGUAACCCCAUGGGCCAGGGUAUGUCUGGAGGUCCGGCAGGCCUCAACUCCCCCCAGUUCCCCGGCCAGCAGCAGCAGCAGUUCCCGGCCAAGGGAGGUCAGGGCUACAUGCAGCAGGGGAUGUAUGGCAGGCAGGGAUACCCCGGUGGAGCGGUCUACAGCGGGAGGUAAGAGGCCAUACACAGACAUGUAUGACAUUAACAUUCUGUUUAUCACUCUUACUCUAUGCUUUGCUUACCUUUUCACACAUACAGUACACAGCUCUAAUUCAUGUUGUUUCCGUUAUAUAGUUACCCAGGUGGUCCUAACACUCCCCAAGGGGGGAUGGGCAUGCCCCAACAUUCCCGCCAGCCUGGUGACUUCACCCAACCAGCAGCUGCUGCUGCUGCUGCUGCUGUCGCUGCCGCCGCUGCUACGGCAACCGCCACGGCAACCGCUACCGUGGCAGCCAUGCAGCAGGAGACCCAGAACAAAGAGAUGAACCAGUAUGGACAGGUACGGACACACACACACAUACAGUACACACACCAUUACCAUAAUACAACAAAUACUAAAAGUUAGAAACAACUUUAGUUAUUUACUUGUAAUAUCCUGUUUUGGGCCUGAGGAAAGUCAGGUAUUACUACAUGCAUUACACACUAAAUACACAUUAAAACCAUAGACUCAAACCUGCAGCUUCCUACCUAACUGUAACUCUUCAUCCUUUCUUUUUCCUCUAGAUGUGUUCCUCCUUCCAGAUGGGCCCAACUCAGGCCUACAACAACCAGUUCAUGAACCAGCCUGGCCCCAGAGGGUCCCCUGGAGGCAUGAACCCAGGCAGCAUGGGCCAGGCCAUGAACAACCCCAGCAUGGGUGGGCCUCCCAUGGGCAUGAACCAAACUCGAGCCCCAGGCAUGGGGCCUUUUGGGGCUCAUGGCCAGAGGAUGUCCCAGCAGGGCUACGGAGGAUCUGGAGGCCCCAGGCAGGCAAUGCCUAUGCAGGGAAUGAAGAGGCCCUAUCCUGGAGAGGUGAGUUGGAUGGUAUGUGUGUUUGUGUGUUUGUGUGUGGGGGGUGCUUUUCCUUUGAGUAUUAUAUUAUCAUAGUACAUCCCUAUCAUGCCUUUCUCUAGUAGGUCCAUUUCCUUUAUUUAUGUCUUCAGACCAAUGCCUACUUCUCUUUUUAUUAACUUAUUGAUUGAUCCCCCCCCCCCCCCCCCCCCUCCCCCUCUCUUCCUUACAGCCAAACUACGGGGGUCAGCAGUACGGUCCUAAUGGUCAGUUCCCUCACCAGCAGAGUCAGUACCCCUCCUCUAACCCCUCCAGGCCGAUGCCCUCCCCCAACUACCCCGGCCAGAGGAUGCCUGGGGGUCAGGGGCCAGGCCAGUACCACCCGCAAGGCAUGCCCAUGGGACAGUAUUACAAGGUUAGACCUCCCCCACAGUAACACUCCAUAUCUACCUGUAAGCUCUAGACCUCCCCCACAGUAACACUCCAUAUCUACCUGUAAGCUCUAGACCUCCCUCACAGUAACACUCCAUAUCUACCUGUAAGCUCUAGACCUCCCUCACAGUAACACUCCAUAUCUACCUGUAAGCUCUAGACCUCCCCCACAGUAACACUCCAUAUCUACCUGUAAGCUCUAGACCUCCCUCACAGUAACACUCCAUAUCUACCUGUAAGCUCUAGACCUCCCUCACAGUAACACUCCAUAUCUACCUGUAAGCUCUAGACCUCCCCCACAGUUACACUCCAUAUCUACCUGUAAGCUCUAGACCUCCCCCACAGUAACACUCCAUAUCUACCUGUAAGCUCUAGACCUCCCCCACAGUAACACUCCAUAUCUACCUGUAAGCUCUAGACCUCCCUCACAGUAACACUCCAUAUCUACCUGUAAGCUCUAGACCUCCCCCACAGUAACACUCCAUAUCUACCUGUAAGCUCUAGACCUCCCUCACAGUAACACUCCAUAUCUACCUGUAAGCUCUAGACCUCCCUCACAGUAACACUCCAUAUCUACCUGUAAGCUCUAGACCUCCCUCACAGUAACACUCCAUAUCUACCUGUAAGCUCUAGACCUCCCUCACAGUAACACUCCAUAUCUACCUGUAAGCUCUAGACCUCCCCCACAGUAACACUCCAUAUCUACCUGUAAGCUCUAGACCUCCCUCACAGUAACACUCCAUAUCUACCUGUAAGCUCUAGACCUCCCUCACAGUAACACUCCAUAUCUACCUGUAAGCUCUAGACCUCCCUCACAGUAACACUCCAUAUCUACCUGUAAGCUCUAGACCUCCCCCACAGUAACACUCCAUAUCUACCUGUAAGCUCUAGACCUCCCCCACAGUAACACUCCAUAUCUACCUGUAAGCUCUAGACCUCCCCCACAGUAACACUCCAUAUCUACCUGUAAGCUCUAGACCUCCCCCACAGUAACACUCCAUAUCUACCUGUAAGCUCUAGACCUCCCUCACAGUAACACUCCAUAUCUACCUGUAAGCUCUAGACCUCCCUCACAGUAACACUCCAUAUCUACCUGUAAGCUCUAGACCUCCCCCACAGUAACACUCCAUAUCUACCUGUAAGCUCUAGACCUCCCCACAGUAACACUCCAUAUCUACCUGUAAGCUCUAGACCUCCCCUCCUGUUCCCAUUGUGCAGUUGUACAUUUAACCAUUGAUGUCUGUUUCAUUCACAGCAAGAGCCAUUCAAUGGUCAGAACAGCAACUUCUCUGGAGGUGUAUACUCAUAUAGUCAAGGCAACGGGGUAUGUGCGCUCUCCUAUGUUCAACUUUGUCUAAGCAAAUGGAACUUCCAACAGAGUUAUUUGAAUUCUCUAUCUCUCAUGUUUUUUUUAUAACCUGUAUCACUCUCCUUCCCUCUCUCCCCUUCCCCCUCCCUCCUCCCCCCUCUCCCCUCCCUCCUCCCCCCUCUCUGCAGGCCCCCAGGCCAGGUAACUACCCACACUCCCCGGUGCCUGGUAAUCCCACACCUCCCAUGACCCCCGGAAGCAGUAUGCCUCCGUACCUCUCGCCCAACCAGGAUGUCAAGCCGCCGUUCCCGCCAGACAUGAAACCAAAUAUAACUGCGCUUCCACCUCCCAGUGAGUAUUUACACUGGAGCAUCCACACACAAACACACAUGGAUGCAUGGAUGCAUGCAUGCACACACACACACAUGUACAGUAUGUAUGUAUGUAUGUAUGUAUGUAUGUAUGUAUGUACACUACAUGACCAAAAGUAUGUGGACACCUGCUUGUCGAACAUCUCAUUCCCCCUUUGCUGCUAUAAUAGCCUCCACUCUUCUGGGAAGGCUUUCCACUAGAUGUUGGAACAUUGCUGCAGGGACUUGCUUCCAUUCAGCCACAAGAGCAUUAGUGAGGUCGGGCACUGAUGUUGGGCGAUUAGGCCUUGCUCGAAGUCGGCUGUAGCGUUAAGAUUUCCCUUCACUGGAACUAAGGGGCCUAGCCCGAACCAUGAAAAACAGCUCCAGACCAUUGUUGCUCCUCCACCAAACUUUACAGUUGGCACUAUGCAUUGAGGCAGGUAGCGUUCUCCUGGCAUCCGCCAAACCCAGAUUCGUCCGUCGUACUGCCAGUUGGUGAAGCGUUAUUUAUCACUCCAGAGAAUGCAUUUUCACUGCUCCAGAAUCCAAUGGCGGCGAUGACCCAUUUGCUCGGCCAUGACCAAUUUCAUGAAGCUCCCGACGAACAGUUACUGUGCUGACGUUGCUUCCGGAGGCAGUUUGGAACUUGUAGUGAGUGUUGCAACUGAGGACAGACAAUUUUUACGCGCUUCAGCACUCGGUGGUCCCGUUCUAUGAGCUUGUGUGGCCUACCACUUCACAGCUGAGCUGUUGUUGCUCCUAGACGUUUCCACUUCACAAUAACAGCACUUACAGUUGACCGGGGCAGCUCUAGCAGGGCAGAAAUGUGACCAACUGACUUGUUGGAAAGGUGGCAUCCUAUGACGUUGCCACGUUGAAAGUCACUGAGCUCUUCAGUACAGGCCAUUCUACUGCCAAUGUUUGUCUAUGAAGAUUGCAUGGCUGUGUGCUCGAUUUUAUACACCUGUCAGCAACGGGUGUGGCUGAAAUAGCCAAAUCCACUAAUUUGAAGGGGUGUCCACAUACUUUUGUAUAUAUAUAGUGUGUGUGUGUGUGUGUGUGUGUGUGUGUGUGUGUGUGUGUGUGUGUGUGUGUGUGUGUGUGUGUGUGUGUGUGAAUAUACAGUAUGUAAGUAUGCAUGCACACAAACACACACACACAAACACACACACACACAGCAGAGCUAUUCCAAGCUGUCAGUAGCUCUUUAGAUACCUGUGGCUGAAAAUACAACAAAGCCUGCACAACAAAGUAUUAGCAGAACAUCGAUGUUUUUAUUUCCAUUUCAUGAGAUACAGUACAAAGCCACUGAGACACAACUAGUCCACUACAUCACCAUCAUCACGUGGCUGUACAAUCCUAUGGUUAGAUGCUAUGAGUCAACAACAGCCAUGUAUUUAUUAUUAUUAUUAUGUAUCAGGGCAGCAUGUAGUAGUGAUCAGGGUUGGGCUCAAUUCCUUUUCAAUUUCAGUCCAUUCCUUUUCAAUUCCUUUUCAAUUCCUUUUCAAUUCAGGAAGUACACUGAAACUACAAUUCCAAUUAUCUUCAAUGCUUUUCAAUUGGAAACAUUUGGAAUUUGAAUUUGGUUUACUUUCUGAAUUGACUGGAAAUGAAAUGGAAUUGAGCCCAACCCUGAUCACUACUACAUGCUGCCCUGAUACAUGGCUGUUGUUGACUCAUAGCAUCUAACCAUAGGAUUGUACAGCCACGUGAUAGUCAGGGUAAUACCACCCAGUGAUAUCCCGUUGCCCCAACCACUGUCUACUGUAUGUGUGACUGUUAAUCAACCAGUAUACAACUCUAACCCCACUACCACAGAUACCACAGAUACAGUUAAACGGAAAGCUGACGUCCUAUCUUCCUGUCCUGUCUCUCCGCUCCAAUCAGCCAAUCCCAACGAGGAGCUGCGGUUGACCUUCCCGGUCCGGGACGGCGUGGUGUUGGAACCUUUCCGGUUGGAGCACAACCUCGCCGUCAGUAAUCACGUCUAUCACCUGCGACCGUCGGUACACCAGACCCUCAUGUGGAGGUGAGCUAUGGAGACAGACAGACAGACACACACACACGGACACACACACACAUUCGAUCGUCCAUUGAGUUGAGACUCAAGUCUUAUUAUUUUUCUUUACCUCUACAAAUGUUCUUCCCCUAAUAAUAUGGCCUAUCCAUGGCAACCAUGUUAUCAUUCCCUGGACAAUAUUGACCAAUUGCAGUCCUGAGAACAUCACCUUUUACUGCAGUGGGCUAAAUCAGGGUCACACAGAGUGUUUCUUGGUAGUCUUAAACAAAUCUGCUUUGAAACAAAAGUAUACACCUCACACACAUGGUUAUGGGCUUAAAGAAAAGAAGACACCUGUACCAUGUCAGAUACAGAGUUGAAAUGUAUUUAAUUUUGAGUUUGCAUCCAAAUAUUACACUUUAUCACAGAUGACUGAAAUAUAAAAAUUUUUGUUUUUAAUUGUUUCAUUUUAUUUAUUGUUUAUUAAUUAUGACAUUAUGAACAAUAUUAAUAACAAAGAGGGUGCUUUUGGUCAUUGACUGCAGGAAAGGGCUACAGAACUUUCAACUAAGCUUAUUAAAUCAAAUAAAAUCAAAUAAAAUUGUAUUGGUCACAUGCGCCGAAUACAACAGGUGCAGACAUUACAGCGAAAUGCUUACUUACAGCCCUUAACCAACAGUGCAUUUAUUUUUAACAAAGAAAGUAAAAAUAAAACAACAACAAAAAAAGUGUUGAGAAAAAAAAGAGCAGAAGUAAAAUAAAAUAACAGUAGGGAGGCUAUAUAUACAGGGGGGUACCGGUGCAGAGUCAAUGUGCGGGGGCACCGGCUAGUUGAGGUAGUUGAAGUAAUAUGUACAUGUGGGUAGAGUUAAAGUGACUAUGCAUAAAUAAUUAACAGAGUAGCAGCAGCGUAAAAAGGAUGGGGUGGGGGGGCAGUGCAAAUAGUCCGGGUAGCCAUGAUUAGCUGUUCAGGAGUCUUAUGGCUUGGGGGUAGAAGCUGUUGAGAAGUCUUUUGGACCUAGACUUGGCACUCCGGUACCGCUUGCCGUGCGGUAGCAGAGAGAACAGUCUAUGACUAGGGUGGCUGGAGUCUUUGACAAUUUUGAGGGCCUUCCUCUGACACCGCCUGGUAUAGAGGUCCUGGAUGGCAGGAAGCUUGGCCCCAGUGAUGUACUGGGCCGUACGCACUACCCUCUGUAGUGCCUUGCGGUCGGAGGCCAAGCAGUUGCCAUACAAGGCGGUGAUGCAACCAGUCAGGAUGCUCUCGAUGGUGCAGCUGUAUAAUUUUUUGAGGAUCUGAGGACCCAUGCCAAAUCUUUUCAGUCUCCUGAGGGGGAAUAGGCUUUGUCGUGCCCUCUUCACGACUGUCUUGGUGUGUUUGGACCAUGAUAGUUCGUUGGUGAUGUGGACACCAAGGAACUUGAAGCUCUCAACCUGUUCCACUACAGCCCCGUCGAUGAGAAUGGGGGCGUGCUCAGUCCUCUUUUUUUUUCCUGUAGUCCACAAUCAUCUCCUUUGUCUUGGUCACGUUGAGGGAGAGGUUGUUGUCCUGGCACCACACGGCCAGGUCUCUGACCUCCUCCCUAUAGGCUGUCUCAUCGUUGUCGGUGAUCAGGCCUACCACUGUUGUGUCGUCGGCAAACUUAAUGAUGGUGUUGGAGUCGUGCCUGGCCAUGCAGUCAUGGGUGAACAGAGAGUACAGGAGGGGACUGAGCACGCACCCCUGAGGGGCCCCCGUGUUGAGGAUCAGUGUGGCAGAUGUGUUGUUACCUACCCUUAACACCUGGGGGCGGCCCGUCAGGAAGUCCAGGAUCCAGUUGCAGAGGGAGGUGUUUAGUCCCAGGAUCCUUAGCUUAGUGAUGAGCUUAGAGGGCACUAUGGUGUUGAAUGCUGAGCUGUAGUCAAUGAAUAGCAUUCUCACGUAGGUGUUCCUCUUGUCCAGGUGGGAAAGGGCAGUGUGGAGUGCAAUAGAGAUUGCAUCAUCUGUGGAUCUGUUGGGGCGGUAUGCAAAUUGGAGUGGGUCUAGAGUUUCUGGAAUAAUGGUGUUGAUGUGAGCCAUGACCAGCCUUUCAAAGCACUUCAUGGCUACAGACGUCAGUGCUACGGGUCGGUAGUCAUGUAGGCAGGUUAUCUUAGAGUCCUUGGGCAUGGGGACUAUGGUGGUCUGCUUGAAACAUGUUGGUAUUACAGACUCAGUCAGGGACAUGUUGAAAAUGUCAGUGAAGACACUUGCCAGUUGGUCAGCUAAUGCUCGGAGUACACGUCCUGGUAAUCCGUCUGGCCCUGCGGCCUUGUGAAUGUUGACCUGCUUAAAAGUCUUACUCACAUCGGCUACGGAGAGCGUGAUCACAUAGUCAUCCGGAACAGCUGGUGCUCUCAUGCAUGCUUCAGUGUUGCUUGCCUCGAAGCGAGCAUAGAAGUGGUUUAGCUCGUCUGGUAGGCUUGUGUCACUGGGCAGCUCGCGGCUGUGCUUCCCUUUGUAGUCUGUAAUAGUUUUCAAGCCCUGCCACAUCCGACGAGCGUCAGAGCCAGUGUAGUACGAUUCAAUCUUAGUCCUGUAUUGACUCUUUGCCUGUUUGAUGGUUCGUCAGAGGGCAUAGCGGGAUUUCUUAUAAGCAUCCGGGUUAGAGUCACGUUCCUUGAAAGCGGCAGCUCUACCCUUUAGCUCAGUGCGGAUGUUUCCUGUAAUCCAUGGCUUCUGGUUGGGGUAUGUACGUACGGUCACUGUGGGGAUGACAUCAUCGAUGCACUUAUUGAUGAAGCCAGUGACUGAUGUGGUGUACUCCUCAAUGCUGUCUGAAGAAUCCCGGAACAUGUUCCAGUCUGUGCUAGCAAAACAGUCCUGUAGCUUAGCAUCUGCGUCAUCUGACCACUUUUUUAUUAACCGAGUCACUGGUGCUUCCUGCUUUAGUUUUUGCUUAUAAGCAGGAAUCAGGAGGAUAGAGUUAUGGUCAGAUUUGCCAAAUGGAGGGCGAGGGAGAGCUUUGUAUGCGUCUCUGUGUGUGGAGUAAAGGUGGUCUAGAGUUUUUUUUUCCUCUGGUUGCACAUUUAACAUGCUGGUAGAACGGAUUUAAGUUUCCCUGCAUUAAAGUCCCCGGCCACUAGGAGCGCUGCAUCUGGAUGAGCGUUUUCCUGUUGAUUUAUGGCCUUGUACAACUCAUUCAGUGCAAUCUUAAUGCCAGCAUUGGUUUGUGGUGGUAAAUAGACAGCUAUGAAAAAUAUAGAUGAAAACUCUCUUGGUAAAUAGUGUGGUCUACAGCUUAUCAUAAGAUACUCUACCUCAGGCGAGCAAAACCUCGAGACUUCCUUAGUAUUUGAUUUUGUGCACCAGCUGUUGUUUACAAAUAUACACAGACCGCCACCCCUUGUCUUACCGGAGUCAGCCGUUCCAUCCUGCCGAUGUAGCGUAUAGCCCGCUAGCUGUAUGUUAUCCAUGUCGUCGUUCAGCCACGACUCGGUGAAACAUAAGAUAUUACAGUUUUUAAUGUCCCGUUGGUAGGAUAACCGUAAUCUUAGGUCAUCCAAUUUGUUAUCCAAUGAUUGAAGAUUGGCUAAUAGGAUUGAUGGAAGAGGCAGUUUACUCGCUCGCCGUCGGAUCCUUACAAGGCACCCCGAUCUACGUCCACGAUAUCUCCGUCUCUUCCUCACGCGAAUGACGGGGAUUUGGGCCUUGUCGGGUGUCUGUAUGAUAUCCUUCGCGGCCGCCUCGUUGAAGAAAAAAUCUUCGUUCAAUACGAGGUGAGUAAUCGCUGUCCUGAUAUCCAGAAGCUCUUUUUGGUUAUAAGAGACGAUGGCAGAAACAUUAUGUACAAAAUAAAUUACAAAUAACGCGGAAAAACACACAUAAUAGUACAAUUGGUUAGAGGGCUGUAAAACCCUUGACCAACUGAAUCAGGUGUGCUAGUGCUGGGCUGGAACAAAACUGUGCAGUCCUGGCUGGGUGUCCAUGAGGAGCGGAUUAGGAAAAACUGUUUUGUAUUUGGCUGUAUUGACCUCUGCCCUCUCUGACACCUCUAGGUCAGACCUGGAGCUGCAGUUCAAAUGUUACCACCACGAGGACCGACAGAUGAACACCAACUGGCCCGCCUCCGUCCAGGUCAGCACACACACAAACACUCUCAUUCAUACAGAUACACAUUCUCAUGCACACACGGACACACGUGUACACACACACACACACACACACACACACACACACACACACACACACACACAAACUGUCUUUCCUCCUUCCAGGUCAGUGUUAACGCCACGCCCCUGACCAUCGAGCGGGGCGACAACAAGACGUCCCAUAAACCCUUGCACCUGAAGCAAGUGUGUCAGCCCGGCAGAAACACCAUCCAGAUCACCGUCACCGCGUGCUGCUGUGUGAGUACAUGAUUCAAUAGAAUAUGCAGAACAAAUGAUACAAGGGAUAUGUUAAAUAAAAUAUGGCUUAAUAUUUUAAACCCCUUUGUAACUACCCCUGUUGCAUGGCAACUUGGCAGUGGUUAUUUAGUUGAAUUUCUGUUAUUUGGCCGGUCAACAUUGCAAUGCUGUGAUUGGUUGAGACACCUCUGUGCUGUGAUGUGUACAGAAGGUGUAGAAGCUAACACACUAAAGUAGAACUGCUGUCUGUAGAGAAUCCACUCUUUAUUUAGGUCUUAAUGUCUUUUCUCCGUCUAUGUGCAGUCGCACCUGUUUGUGCUGCAGCUGGUCCACAGGCCUUCAGUCCGCUCCGUCCUGCAAGGGCUCCUGAAGAAGAGACUCUUGCCUGCAGAACACUGCAUCACCAAGAGUAUGUUACCACUACUCUAUUUGACUAUACUACUACUACUAUACUAAUAUAGCCUUUACCCUAUCUUACAACCUUUACAUCAAUCUUGUGUGUAAGAAUAUGCCAUCAGUCUCUACCUAACUCUAAUCUCUCUCUCUCUUUCUCUUCCCCCCCCCCUCUCCACCCCCUCUCUCUCCUUCCAUUCCCCUCCAUCCCUCCCUCCCUCCAGUUAAGAGGAACUUCAGCAGCGUAGUGGCCUCGUCGGGUAACACCAGUCUAAACGGGGAGGACGGCAUUGAGCAGACCGCCAUCAAAGUCUCCCUCAAAUGUCCAAUCACCUUCAGGCGUAUCCAGCUGCCCGCCAGGGGGCAUGACUGCAAACACGUACAGGUAGGACGGCAGGAAGGGGUAUGUUUUGAACUGUACAGUAACAGUAGGUUUGCAAAAUUAUACACAUAUGACGUAUAUUAUAGGUUGGCAGAUAGCCUAGCGGUUAAGAGCGUUGGGACAGUAACCGAAAGGUCGCUGGUUUGAAUCCCCGAGCCAACUAGGUGAAAAAUCUGUCGAUGUGCCCUUGAGCAAGGCACUUAACCCUAAUUGCUCCUGUAAGUCUCUCUGGAUAAGAGCGUCUGCUAAAUGACUACAAUGUAAAUGUAGUAUAUUAUACAGGGCCACACGCUAGAUGUCUGUAUAGGGACACUAGUUUCCGCUGACUAUGUGCCUAGACCAGGAAAAAUGCUAGGUCCUUAUAGCACAGGUUGUUCGGUGAACUACGCUAAUGUGAUGAGUAACCUUGCCUGAGACCUGAAGACUCAUGUUAGCUCCCAGAAUUAAUGCUUAGGCUCAGUGGGCUAACCUGGUCUUGAGGCAAUACACCUGACAGAUCAUACAAUAUUUCCCUGUUUAGGAAAUACAUGAUUCUGAUAAUACAUGUUUUGUCUUCCAGUGUUUUGAUCUGGAGUGGUAUCUGCAGCUGAACUGUGAGAGGGGGACGUGGAGGUGUCCGGUGUGCAAGUAUGUGAUGACCAUUUCCAAACUAUGUUUUGUCAAUAAAGUAAUGUCUCUUCUUUGAAUGAGUUAAAAUAAUGCUCUCUCUCCCCCCUCUCCACCCCCUCUCUCUCGACCCCCCUCUCCGCCUCCUCUCUCUCGACCCCCCUCUCCGCCUCCUCUCUCUCGACCCCCCUCUCCGCCUCCUCUCUCUCGACCCCCCUCUCCGCCCCCUCUCCUCUCGACCCCCCUCUCCGCCCCCUCUCUCUCCCCCUCUCCCCCUCUCUCUCUCUCCCCCUCUCUCUCUCUCUCCCUCCCUUCUCCCUCUCUCCCCCUCUCUCCCUCCCUCUCCCCCCUCUCCCCCUCUCUCCCUCCCUCUCCCCCCUCUCUCCCUCCCUCUCCCCCUCUCUCCCUCCCUCUCUCCCUCCCCUCUCCCCCUCUCCCUCUCUCUCCCUCCCUCUCCCCCUCUCUCUCCCCCCUCUCCCCCUCUCUCUUCCCCCUCUCUCUCUCUCUCUCCCUCUCCCACAGUAAAACUGCAUUGUUAGAGGGUCUAGAGGUGGACCAGUACAUGUGGGGAAUCCUCAACGCCAUCCAGAAGUAUGCUUUAUUCUUCCUUAUUACUAAUAAUAGUUAUUGCUAUUAUUAUUAUUAACCUUCAGUGCUUCAUGAUCUUUUCCAGUAUUCCCACUAGUAUUUCUAUAGUGUCGAUGUGAUAUAGGACCAUAAAAAUUCCCUUCAUCAUCCUGUAGUGCUUAAAUGUUAGUUUCCACUAUUUCAAUAUUAUUAUUACCAUACUGUCUUUGUAAUUCUGGACUUUUCCACUUCCUCCUUCCUUUGUAAUAUGGGACUGUAUAAAAAUGUCCCCUUCCUCUUCCCGUAGUUCGGAGUUUGAGGAGGUGACCAUUGACCCAUCGUGUAGCUGGCGGCCGGUGCCCAUCAAAUCUGACCUCCAUAUUAAAGAAGACCCUGAUGGACCGCUGGCCAAACGCUUCAAGACCAUGAGCCCCUCCCAGAUGACCAUGAGCCCCUCCCAGAUGACCAUGCCCAACGUCAUGGAGAUGAUCGCCCAGCUGGGCCCUGGCCCCGCCCAUUACCCAUCAGGCCCUGCUCAGCACGGGGGAGGCGGCGCCGGGGGCAACCCAGGGGAGUACGGUGGCCCCAGAGGCCCAGGUAAAGACCAUUUUCAGAAUUCAGAUAUUACAUUUACAUUUUAAAUGUUGGUUAUUUAGCAGACACUCUUAUCCAGAGCAACUACAGUCAUACUAAGGUAGGUAAGACAACUUAAGAAAUCCCUCCCCUUUUUUGUGUUUUUCUGUGCUGCUAGGCAACAGUUACCACGGCCACGGGAACUUUGACUUCCCCCAUGGUAACUCCUCGGGCGGGGGAGGAGGAGGUGGUGGAGGUGGACCGAGAGGAGGAGGAGGAUCCCCCAUGAGUGACUUUAUCCACCCCCCUCAGCUGUCCCACCCCCCAGACGUCCCCGGGGGUCUCCAAUCCCAGGACAAGCCCCUCAGCCACGGCAUCAACGACCCCGUAAGUCCCCUACACCUCCAGAACCAACCAACAGGGCCACUCACACCAGUGUUGUUGAAAAUCCUCAUAGAAAAAGUAAAAUACCCACAUCCAAACAUUUCUCAGGUGCAGGGUACAAAAAGUGUCACAUGAAAGGAAUAGUAAUACACUGCUCAAAAAAAUAAAGGGAACACUAAAAUAACACAUCCUAGAUCUGAAUGAAUUAAAUAAUCUUAUUAAAUACUUUUUUUCUUUACAUAGUUGAAUGUGCUGACAACAAAAUCACACAAAAAUUAUCAAUGGAAAUCAAAUUUAUCAACCCAUGGAGGUCUGGAUUUGGAGUCACCCUCAAAAUUAAAGUGGAAAACCACACUACAGGCUGAUCCAACUUUGAUGUAAUGUCCUUAAAACAAGUCAAAAUGAGGCUCAGUAGUGUGUGUGGCCUCCACGUGCCUGUAUGACCUCCCUACAACGCCUGGGCAUGCUCCUGAUGAGGUGGCGGAUGGUCCUCCUGAGGGAUCUCCUCCCAGACCUGGACUAAAGCAAUCCCCGCCAACUCCUGGACAGUCCUGUGGUGCAAUGUGGCGUUGGUGGAUGGAGCGAGACAUGAUGUCCCAGAUGUGCUCAAUUGGAUUCAGGUCUGGGGAACGGGGGCGGGCCAGUCCAUAGCAUCAAUGCCUUCCUCUUGCAGGAACUGCUGACACACUCCAGCCACAUGAGGUCUAGCAUUGUCUUGCAUUAGGAGGAACCCAGGGCCAACGCACCAGCAUAUGGUCUCACAAUGGGUCUGAGGAUCUCAUCUCGGUACCUAAUGGCAGUCAGGCUACCUCUGGCGAGCACAUGGAGGGCUGUGCGGCCCCCCAAAGAAAUGCCACCCCACACCAUGACUGACCCACCGCCAAACCGGUCCAUGCUGGAGGAUGUUGCCAGGCAGCAGAACGUUCUCCCACGGCGUCUCCAGACUCUGUCACGUCUGUCACAUGUGCUCAGUGUGAACCUGCUUUCAUCUGUGAAGAGCACAGGGCGCCAGUGGCGAAUUUGCCAAUCUUGGUGUUCUCUGGCAAAUGCCAAACGUCCUGCACGGUGUUGGGCCAAACGUCCUGCACAAAGGCGGAGGUAGCAGUCCUGCUGCUGGGUUGUUGCCCUCCUACGGCCUCCUCCACGUCUCCUGAUGUACUGGCCUGUCUCCUGGUAGCGCCUCCAUGCUCUGGACACUACGCUGACAGACACCGCAAACCUUCUUGCCACAGCUCGCAUUGAUGUGCCAUCCUGGAUGAGCUGCACUACCUGAGCCACUUGUGUGGGUUGUAGACUCCGUCACAUGCUACCACUAGAGUGAAAGCACCGGCAGCAUUCAAAAGUGACCAAAACAUCAGCCAGGAAGCAUAGGAACUGAGAAGUGGUCUGUGGUCACCACCUGCAAAACCAGUCCUUUAUUGGGGGUGUCUUGCUAAUUGCCUAUAUUUCCACCUGUUGUCUAUUCCAUUUGCACACAGCAUGUGAAAUGUAUUGUCAAUCAGUGUUGCUUCCUAAGUGGACCAGUUUGAUUUCACAGAAGUGUGAUUGACUUGGAGUUACAAUUGUGUUGUUUAAGUGUUCCCUUUAUUUUUUGGAGCAGUGUACUGUUGUAUAUAAUUUCGUAUAGUUUGUUGCAAUGUUUGUAAGGCCUGUCACGUUAGCAUUGGCAUUGUGCACAGCAUGUCUUGGCAGUCUUGCUCAUGUUACCCUCUGCAUGUCAGCUCAGAGCUUACUUUAAACCCCCAAACCCCUUUUUCCCCUUUUUCUCUUUCUCCCCUUUCCCACCCUUCCUUUCCCAAACCUUUCCCCCCCUCCCUCCCUUUUUUUCCCUCCCUCCCCCCUCCCUCCCCUUUUCCCCCCCUCCCUCCCUCCCUCCCCUCUCCCUUUUCCCCCCUCCUCCUUCCUUCCCCCCCCCUUUUUUCCCCCCUCCCCCCUCUCCCCUUUUUCCCCCCUCCCUUCCCCUUUUUCCCCUUUUCCCUCCUCCCCCCCCCCCUUCCUUCCUUCCUUCCUUCCUUCCCUUUCCUUUCCCUUUCCCUUCCCUUUCCCUUUCCCUUUCCCUUUCCCCCCCUCCCCUCCCUCCCUCCCCUCCCUCCCCCCUUCCUUCCCCCCCCUUUUCCCCCCCUCCCCCCUUCCCUUUUUCCCCUCCCUCCCUCCCCCCUCCCCCCCCCCCUCCCUCCCCUUCUCCCUUUCCCCCCCUCCCUUUCUCCCCCUCCCUCCCUCCCCUUUCCCCCCCUUUUUUCCCUUUCCCUUUCCCUCCCCCCCGCCCUUUCCUUUUCCCCCUUCCCUCCCUCCCUCCCUCCCCCCUCCCUUUUUCCCCUUCCCCUGCCCUCCCUCCCUUUUCUCCCCCUUUUUUUCUUUUUCCCCCCUCCCUCUCCCCCCCCCCUCCUCUCUUUUCUCCCUCCCUUUCUCCCCCCCCUCCCUCCCUCCCUCCCUUUCCCCCCUUUCCCCCCCUCCCUUUCCCCCUCCCCCCCCCUUUCUCCCUCCCCCCCAAACCCCCCCCUUCCCCCCCCUCCCUCCCUUUCUUCCCCCCCCCCUCCCUUUUUCCCCCCCUUGCCCCCCCUUUUCUCCCUCCCUCCCUUUCCCCCUUUCCCCCCCUUCCCCCUUUUUUUUCCCCCCCCUCCCCCCCCCUCCCUCCCUCCCUUUUCCCUCCCUUUUGCCCCCCUCCCCCCUUUCCCCCCCUCCCUCCCUCCCCCCCUCCCCUCCCUCCCUUCCCCCCCCUCCCCCCCUUUUUUAUUUUCCCCCCCUUUCUAAAGUUCCCCCCUCCCUCCCCUUUCCUUCCCCCCCCUCCCGUUUUUCCCCCCCCCUCCCUCCCCUCCCUCCCUCCCCUCCCUCCCCCCCUUUCUUUCCCUUCCCCUCCCUCCCCUCCCUCCUCCCUUCCCUUGGCCUUUUUCCCCCCCUCCCCCCCCUCCCCCCUUUUUCCCUCCCUCCCUCCCUUUCCCUCCCCCCCCUCCCUCCCCUUUCCCCCCUUUUCCGCCCCUUUCCCCCCUCCCCUCCCUUUUUUCCCUCCCUUUUUUUCCCCCCCCUCCCCCUUUUCCCUUUUUUUCCCCCUCCCUUUCCCUUUCCCGGGGGUACCCCGUCCCCCCUCCCUUUCCCUCCCCUCCCUCCCCCCCCUUUCUUCCCCCCCUCCCCUCCCUCCCGGGGGUUUUUUUUCUUUUCUCCCCCCCCCCCCCCCUUUCUUCCCCCUCCCUCCUCCCUCCCUCCCGUCCCUUUCUUUCCCCUCCCCCCCCCCCCCCUUUCCCCCGGCUCCCCCUUUCCCUCCCUCCCUCCCGGUUUUCUUCCCUUUUUCGCUCCCCCCUCCCUUUCCCCUUUUUUCCCCCCUCCCUCCCUGGGCCCCCUUUUCUCUCCCCCCCCUUCCCUCCCGUCCCUUUGCUCCCUCCCCCCCUCCCUUUUUCCCCUUUCCUCCCUCCCCCCCGGUCCCCCCCCUCCCUUUCUCGCCCCCCCCCUCCCCCCCCCCUUUCCCCCUCCCCUCCCCCCCUUUUUCCCUCCCUCCCCUCAAUCGGGCCCCCCCAUCCCUCCCUCCCUUUCCCCCCCUUCCCCCCCUUUCUUUCCCUUUUCUUUCCCCCCCCUUCCCUUUUUCCUUUCCCCCCUUUCCCCUUUUCCCCUCCCUCCUUUUUCCCCUCCCUCCUCCCCCCCCUUUCCCCCCCCCUCCCUCCCUUCCCCCCCCUCCCCCCCUUUCCCCCCCCCCCCCUUUCCCCACCCCCCCUUUUUCCCCCCCCCCCGUUUUUCCCCCCCCCCCGCUCCCCCCCCCCCUUUCUCCCUCCCCUCCCCUCCCCCCCUCCUCCCUUUUGCCUCCCCCCUUUCCCCCCCCUCCCCUCCCUUUCUCCCUCCCUCCCCCCCCUUCCUCCCUCCUCCCUCCUCCCUCCCUUCCCCCCCCUCCCUCCCCUUCUCCCUCCCUCCCUCCCUCUCCCUCCCCCCCUCCCCGUUCCCUCCCCUCCCUCCCUUUUCCUCCCCCCCCUCCUUUGUCCUCCCUCCCCCUCCUCCCCCUCUUCCCCCCUCCCGUUCCCCCCCCUCCCCCUCCUUCCCCCUCCCUCCCUCCCCCCCCUCCCUCCCUCCCCCCUCCCCCCCCUUUCCCCCCCUCCCUCCCUUUUCCCCCCCUCCCUCUCUUCUCCCCCCCUCCCUCCCUUCUUUGCCUCCCUCCCCCCCUCCCUCCCUCUCCCCCCUCCUCUUUCCCUCAUCCCUUUCCUCCCUCCCUCCCCCCCCUCCCUUCCCCUCCCUCCCCUUUCCUCCGGCCCCCCCCUGGGCCCCUCUCUCCCUCCCUUCCCUCCCUCUCUCUCUUUUCCCCCCCUCCCCCCCCCCUCCCCCCCCCUCCUCCCUCCCCCCCCCCCCCUCCCUCCCUCCCUUCCCUUCCCUUCCCUCCCUCCCCCUCCCCCUCCCUCCCCUUCCCUCCCCCCCUCCCGCUUCGCCCCCCGUCCCUCCCCUCCCUUUCCCUCCCUUCCCCCCCCGUCCCCCCGCCUCCCUCCCUCCCCCCCCUGCCCUCCCUUUCCCCCCCGUCCCUUCCCUCCCCCUCCCUUCCCUCCCUCCCUCCCCCUUUCCCCCCUCCUUCCCCCUUCCCCCCCUCUCUCCCCUCUCCCCCCCCCCGGGCCCCCCCUCUCCCCCCCCUCCCUUUUCCCUCUUCGGGGCUCCCUCCCUCCCCUUCCUCCCUUUCCCCUCUCUCUUCCCUUUCCCCCCCUAACCCUUCCCCCCCCUACCCUCUCCUCCCGGGGUUUUUUCAAGGGCCCCCCUCCCCUUUUCCCUCCCUCCCCCAUCCCUCCUCCCCCUCCCCCUUCCCCCCCUCUCCCUUUUUCCCCCCCUCCCCCGCCUCUCCUUCCCCCCCAAAACCCUUUUUCCCUCCCCCUCCCCUCCAAAAGUCCCUCCCUUUUUUCCCCUUCCCCCUUUUUGCCAAGGCCCCCCCCUGUCCCCCCCCCUCCCUCCCCCCCCUCCCCCCCUUCCCCUCCCCUUCCCCCCCCCUCCCCUCCGGGCCCCCAACCCCCCCGCCCGGCCCGCCCCCCACCCAUCCCUUUCCCCCCUCCCUCCCUCAAUCCCAUUACGGGGGGCCCUCUACCCCCCCAAUUCCCCGUGUCUCUUGGGGUUCCUCGGUUCGGGUUUUCUCGUUUCUCGCUCAAGUUUCUCUGGGUUUUCUUCCCUUUUCCCUUUCCCCCCCCUUCCCUUUUCAAUUUCCCGUCCCUUCCCUUCCCCCUUCCCAACCUUUUAAAAAAAAGUUCCGUGGGGCCCUCCAACCCUUCCCAAGGUUUUCCUUGCAAAAUUUUUCUAUUCCCCCUGGGUUUUGGAAAAAUUCCCCCCUCGGGUUUCAAAAACCCCUUGGUUUCCUUUUGGGGGGGUGGUUUUAAUGCCCUUCGAAAUUUUUUUUCUUAAUAUUUCCUCCCCCCUUUUUCCUCUUUCUGGGGGGGUUCUUCCCCAUCCCCCCCCCCCCCCCCCCUCUCUCUCCCCUUUUCUUCAUCUCCCUUUCUCUCUCCUCCCCUCUCUCUCCCCUCUUGUCUCCAUCUUUCCACCCCCUCACCCCAAAAUAAAAUUCCCAAACCCCAUGGCCCAAAAAAAAAGAGCCUUUCCCAACCCUUCCUCCUCCCCCCCAACCCCCCCCCGUUUUCCCUCCUCCGGGGGGCCUUUACUCGUUUCCCCACCCCCCCCCUUUCCCCGCCCUUUCCGCAGGGCCCCCCUUUCCCCCGCACCCCGCCCAGAACGCCAAACCCCCCCUUUGGGGUCCUGCCCUUUAAAAACCCCCCCUCCCGGGGGCGAAGGUCCCCUUUUCUCCCCCCCUCCUAGAAAUUUUGUGCCCCCCCCCUUGUGAACCCCUCCCUCCCAAAACAACAAAAAAAAAACAGGGGGGUUUUCCCAACCGCUGGAAACUCUCCUGGGUUUGUGCCCCCAUAAAGGUAUCCCCCGGGAGGUCCCUACCCAACCAACCCAAAAACCCCACCUAACUUUUAAACCUAACCCUUUUUCCCCAAGGGGCCCCACCCCUUUAAAAAUAAUUUUUUGGGGAAAUUCGUCAGAUUUUUGGAGUCCCAAAGGACCCGGGUGCAAAACCUCCUUCCCCUCAUUCCCCAAUCUUUGUGGGAAAAAAAAACUCUCACCUUCUUUGCCCUUUUUGGAAAAUGACUCUUUGGUGAAGUUUAAGGGAAUUAUACCUUUUAUUUUUUAAUUCUUCCCUUAUUCUUUAUCCCCCCUUUACUUUUUUUCCUCCUUUUUCUCGGGCCCCAUCCUCCCCGUGUAAAAAACACUUCUUUCCUUCCUUUUAAAUUCCCUUUUUUUUUUUUCCCCCCCUUUUUUUUCCCGCCCUCCCCCUCCCAAAACCUUUCCCCUGCCCUUUCCCCAUUGUUUCCCCCUUUCCCCCCCCCCUUUCCCCCUUUUGUGUUUUUCCCCGGGCCCUUUCUCUCACAGUGCCUUUCCCCAAUCUGGCCAACCCAGAGGGCCCCCCACACCCUCCGAUCCCCCCAAACGGCCCAAUUUAUGAGGGUCCUCCCCUCCCCCCCCCCUUCGAAAAAAACAAUUUAAACCUUUCUUUUCGCCCCCCUCCAAUUUUCAACCCUUCCCGGGGACCCCAAAACCCUUCCAAAAGGGGGAACAAAAACAACAAACCCCAAGGGUUGGUAAGUUGUUUUUGUUUGUCGUGGCCCCUUUUGGCUGGGAAUGAAAAAAAAGGAGUAAAAAAAAAAAAAACCGUCUUUUUUUUUGAAAGGCAAGAGUGUUUAAAAGGGGCCCUAAAGGGGCCCCAAUUUUUUCCCCGAGGGCUUUUCCCCCGUUCAGCCUUAAUUGUUGAAAUUUAAAAGUUUGGUGUUUGGAAAUGGCAAUGUUUCCAAGGGCAGAAUUGCCAACCCUUCCUUUUCAUUUUUUUAACCAUCUUCCUUUUUAAAAAUUUUUUAAUUUCCAUUUUUUUCCCCCGAAAAUUAGGUAAUUGGUUGUUUGGCCCUUUUUUUAUUUUCUGUUUUUUUAACUUUUAAAAUGUUCAGGAAAAUGGCAAUGGUUUUAAUGACCCAAAGGUUUUUACAGUUUUUUAAGGAUUGGCCCCUUUAAACCCCAAAAAAAAAUUUAAAAAAAUCCCCUAAUGGAACCCUUUUCCCAGGGGGGGGGGGGAACCCCGAAAGUACCCCCGAAAAAAAAAAAAAAAAAAAAAAAAAAAAAAAAAAAAAAAAAAAAAAAUUUUUUUUUUUUUUUUUUUUUUUUUUUUUUUUUUUUUUUUUUUUUUUGUUGGGUUGCCAAAAACCCUUUUUUUUUCCAAUUUUCCCCUUUGGGGUGUCCCCUUUUUUAACCGUUCAACCCCCCGGUUUUUUUUUUUAAAUUUUUUCUUUUUGUUUCAAUUGGGGAAAAUUUUUUUAAAAGUUUUUUUUUUUUUAAAAAACCAAAACAAAAUUUUAAAGUUCUCCUCAUCAUCACCCUUGUCCUCUCGUCUUCCCCUAGAUCUCAUCCUUCCACCACUGAUCAGCACCAUAAUUCCAUGCAACAGCAGAGCUUGCACGUGCCUCCUCACCCCAACAGCCAGUCGUUACAUCACGGUGGCAGCCAAUCAGGGCAGUCGUUACAUCACGGCAGCCAAUCGUUGCAGCCCCCUCGCCAGCAGGCCCCGACUCCCCAGCAGCAGCAAGGCCAGAACAGCCACCCGCACGGCGAUCUGAACUUUAACCCCUCUUCCUCGGGCAUCGAAGGUCAAAUUAGUGGUGACAUGCCUGAGCCCUCCCUAGAU